CCGACGGAUUAAUACUCAGUGGACUCGCCGUCAGUGCGCACCGCCCGCGUUUUACACACACGCGUUCUCGUCUCCGGCUCCGCCGCCGUCACCGCCGUACACGGAUCCGUUUUUUGAAUAUUGUCAUUAUCAAUAUAAUAUUAUAUAGAGUUUCACGUCAGUUCGGUUUCUCGUUUUCGAUUCGGUUAACGUAAUAUUAUCGUCGCGCGACGUCACUGCGUGUUAUCAUACUAUACGUAUCACGAUAAUCGCGGGCAAUCGAUCCGGUGUCUGCAAUACAGGACGGUCGUUUACGGUGCCGAUCGCGUUCGGGAUAUGUGUUGUUGAUGACUCCGGUCGCGGAUAGCAUGAAAUCCAUAGCACUGUUGCGCGCCACCACCACCAACAACAACAACAACAAGAGUUGUUACUACGGCGGUUACCCGACCGACCUGAGCGGUUACGCCGCGGCCGCCAGGUGCCGAUCGCCCCGGAGCCCGGUGGCCGACGACACGGACGACAUAAGCGUCGGCAGGCCGUCGCCGCCCGCGUCGGCCGAGUGUUACGCCCGGUUGCACGACGACGGUGGCGGUCACGGAUCCGACACGUCGUCGUCCGGCGGCGGUUCCGAUUACUUCGAACCGCUGAAGAAGUUGGGCACGGUGCAGAUCGACAAGGUGAGCUACGGCAUUAGCGACCGCAAGAGCUACGCGCCCAAGCGCCGGGCGCACAGGCUGCACCAGCAGCACCAGUCGCUGUUGUCGUCGCCGCCGCCGCCGCAGCCCGCACAGCUGCUCGCGGACGGCUGUCCGGCGGCGUCCGGCCGCGUCGACAUGAUGACCAUGACGACGGCCACGCAGCAGGGCGGCCGGACCAUCGCCGGUUCGUCGGCCGAGGACGCGCAGCCCGCGGCCGGCGUCAAGUCGUUCAGCAUCGCCGACAUACUCAGCCACGAACCGUCUUCGGCGGGCGGCAAACCGACGGCGGCCGAGGAAGCGGCCAAAAUCGUCAGACCGUGGGCCGAGGAGUACCAGCCUCCUUGCAGCUCGUUCGUGCCGCCGCCGCCUCCUCCGCCGCCCGCUCACCGACAGCCCGUCGUGGGCGCCCUGUUCCCGCACUCGCUGUUCAUACAGCACCUGCAGCACCAGCAGCAGCAACACCAUCACCAUCACCAGCAACACCAGCAUCACCACCAGCACCGGCCAAAGUCGGCCGACUACGAGACUUCCACGUGCACCAGCGGCCGGUCCAGCACGGACGGAAGCGAGUGUUGCACCAGUCCGGAAAUAGCGAGUUGCACUCAGUCGAACCCGUCGCUGUCGUCCGCGGCCGCCAACAGGAAACAGCAAGCGGCCGGAAAGAACAAUGACAACUCGUCACCGCUGGACGCUCUGUUCCAGAUGACCAGCAAGACGUUCGAUCAACUGCACGGUGACCCGUCCGGAGCCGAUACCAGUUCCAGUCAUUUGAAUCUGUUCAACUCACGGUCGCAGCCCAAAAAGAAGCGUAAGUCACGUACCGCGUUCACCAACCACCAAAUAUUCGAGUUGGAGAAGCGGUUCCUGUACCAGAAGUACCUAUCGCCGGCCGACAGGGACGAAAUCGCAUCCAGCCUGGGUCUGACAAAUGCGCAGGUCAUCACGUGGUUCCAGAACCGUCGAGCCAAGAUGAAGCGUGACUACGAGGAGCAGAAGAAGGACCGGGAGACGCUAGCCGCGCUAAGCGAGCACAAGAUAUUCUUGGAGACGGCCCAAAACAUGGGAAUACUCAAAAAGAAACCACAACCGUCGUCAGCAGUGUCAGCAUCGUGCAGUUCACCCACCGAUCACCUGUUGCAGCAACAGCAACAGCAGCAGCCGGUCAAGUACGACGAAUAAGCGACUCUUCUGCAAUUAUUGCGAGUGUACUACACAUUAUGAGUUGUCACCAGAAAAAAACUGUACCUGGUACACAUAAUACGUGUUUAGUUUGUAUUAAUUUUAUAACUAUUAUGUAUUAUUGAUUUUAAAAAAUAGUUACGUUCCUCGUAGAUUUUCCUAUUUUUCUGAAAAAUAAACAAUCUUAAUAAAUACGACGUGGUACAUCCCGAAGACGUAUAAUUAAAUCCACCGAGUCUUCCGAUGACAACUCCUAUCACAAGGGCUCAUCAAUCAUAGAGUGGUCGACAAUGAUAUCGAGAUCUCAUUUCUAAUUUUUUUCUUUAUUUUUACAAAUCGUAGUAGAGCUGGUAUACCGUAUACGAUAUCGGUGUGAGAAAUAUAACGUUCCACGUACCAAUGUAGUAUAUCUUACUGUUUAGUAUUCAUAUCCGGUCGGGAACGAAAAUCAAACAAUUUAAAAUAGCAUAUAUUUCGACCGUUGUGUAUACAAAGGGUAUAUAAUGACGACGAAGGGGAUGAGGUGGAGAUGAUGAUAGUGCUGCAAUACUAAUCCGAAACUAUCGGACAAAAAGUUUAAUUGACUCGUGCGUCCUAGUCUUUCUCACUAUAUAUUUUAUAUACGGCUAUAAUAAUAUUAUUAUCAUUAUGCAUAAAUACUACAUGAAAUGUAAAUUAAUAAUCUAAAUAGACUUGUUUUAUAGAAAAAAUUUUAAUGAUAAUAAUAUUUAUAUUAGUAUAUGUACAGUUACAUGAUAAUAAUAAUAAUGUCGUGGGGAAUUGAUAUAAUAUAAUAUGUAUCGUUUCGCGUUAAAAUUAUUUAUAGGAGUAGUUAUAUUAUAGUGUUCGUCGUUUUUAAGAGAUUGUUGUUAUUACAAUUAUCAUUAUAUUAUUCAUUAUUAUUAUUAUUAUGUGUGUAGUUACUAUAGUUAUAUUAUAUUUAUUAUAUGCCUAUUACCUAAGUUGUGAAUGACCAUAUUAUUAUAUUAAUGUUCGAUAAAACCAAAUUAGAUGUAAGGAACUAGAUCAAUUGAUAUAUACAUUAUUAUACAUUAUUAUCCUUAUUAAAAAAAAAUUAAAUUAAUUUUUUUUGUACAAACGCGUUGGU